AUGCUGUUUAGAACGGGUAUCCUCUUCAUCUCGUUGGCCUUUUCGCAUGCCGUAGAGAAUCUGGCGUUGAACGAAGAGUCACUUAACUCUACAGAUGACUUAGGUUCAGCAAUACCAGGUACAUUGGUGAACAUCUCAGAUGUGCAACUACAACGUCAAUCAACUAUUACCGGCGUAUGUGAUGGUGUGAAACAGCUGGUAUGUGAUACAUGUAACACUUUUCGCGUUUGUUUGGGAACUGUACUUGGCCAAGGUGUGACCGUCGCAUGUCCUACUGAUCAGCCGUAUUGUAACUACGGAACAACCACCGACUAUUGUUCCAAUGUUCCAAUUCCAAACGUCUGCACUGAUGCUACGCAAAACACACCAGUCAUAUGUUCGGCCGUUGGAACCUUUCCAGAUGCUAGCAAUUGUCGUAUCUAUCAUGGAUGCACCAAUAUCGGACAGAGUUCGUCCAUUUACCGAUGUCCUGCUGGGUAUGUGUUUAAUGCAGCAUUGGAAUUGUGUGCCUUGGAAAAUCUAUUUUCUCGCUGCAUUAAAAUGCAAUGCACGGCCAACUUCAUCGGACAUGUAAGAUAUGGUCAAUCGCAACGAUUCUAUGGUUUGUGUGACGGUACCGGACAAGCUCCAAUCAUAUAUAGAUGUCCAAACAGAGCCAACUUUGCGUUUAUCACCGGUUCCACGUUUGGCGAGUGUGGUUACCUCUGUCCCGGACAGGGAAACUAUCCAAACAGUAAUGAUCCGGCAGCAUAUUUUCAGUGCUUCUGGGCAAACCGACAGCUUCGAUAUAAUUUGAUGCUCUGUCCUACUGGAUUAACAUUCGACAGCCGCCUGCGAUACUGCACCUAA